UGGUUAUCUUACGGAGAUAGUACCUGAUCCUACCUCCUCCGCCGACCGUUUCUUAAACCCUCCGACCGAAACGUUUCUCCUUCUAAAUUGGGAGAUUCCGUCGUUCGACUUUCAAUCUUAUUAUCCUUGCUCGGCUCGGACCGUGGAGUUCUGGUAGGCUAACGCCAUCGUGUUUCCUAACCAAGUUUUUUUUUUUUUUUUUUUUCAUAACUCACCACAGUUUUAAAAAAUGGCGACUCUGUAUCCCUCUCGCUUCUUAUCUGUUUUUACUGAUCCUCAAAGCUCCUCCAAGAUGGCGUUCGGGUUCAAUUCUCUUUUUCUACGAGGGCCCAGGGGGCCUUCUCAGCAUCUUAGAGAAAGUAGUUGCAUGUUAACACCGAAUGGAGCUUCUCGUUCAAGGUGUCAUAUUUCUUGUGCAAUAAACAUGGGAGCAGGGCACUCUGGUGAUCCCAAGAAAAUUGAUUUAGACCAUCUAAUGGACAAAGCGAGAAACUUGUGGGACAGUUCUCCCCAGCCAGUCAAGAGCUUCCCCUGGAACAGAGCAUUGGAGAACUUCAUCCAACUCAUUCUUGAUCUUGUCUUGUCAGUUAUUAAGUACAUAUCUGUCCCUUUACUGGCAGUUUCCUCUAUUAGUGAGAUGUCUUAUUGUGCACAUGAGAGGAAGCUAUUUUUCAUCCCCUUUCCACUAAUCAUUGGCAUGGCUGUUGCUGGUGUCUUAAAAGAAGCUGCCUUGGAGCUCUCUCCACUUCUCAAGGAUGCAGAAGUUCCGUGGCAUUUGAUUGCCAUUGCGGUAUUCUUCACAUUACUCAAGUUGCCUGGCCCUUAUUACCCAUACUGGGGACGUAUAUUCAUACCACUCUUUGCGAAUGGAGCAUUACUGAGGUGUCUAUGGUUUGCAGUUUUAUGGUAUAGAAAGCCUAAAAGAGGCGUUGCAGCCAUAAAUCAGUAAAUACAGCCAUUCAGAACCAAAUGCAAAACUUCAUCAGAUCAUCAUAGGCUUCACGUACUUGCAUCUUCGACUGAAAAAGGUUAAGAUGAGUGGGUAGGUCAAGACUUUUUUGAAGAAUCACCUAAAAGGGGCUUAAGCAGAGGCUAAAUGACUUUUCCGGUUGGAGCACCUUGGUAAUACAUGUAGACAACCGGGUCUCCUCACUGCUUUUAGAACAAGAAGAGGAACUUGUGGAGAAAUCUUUUUUUAUAGUUUCUUUAUAUGUAAUCAGCAUUUAACGUUGUCUUGUUCAGAAUGCAAUUUUUUACUUUGCGAGUCCUA